AACACGUCAUUCAUUUCAUUUUUACGAAGGAGAAUGAUCGCGGUGGUCUUGCAAAAAUUUUUAUAAUUUUCUUUAAGUGGUGCAGUGAGUGAACUAGUGUAUAUAUUGUUGUCGCUCCAAUAGAAAGUUCCAACAUUAACCAUGUUUAGCUGGCUUAAGAAAGAAGGCGAAAAAACUGAAAGUAUAGAAAAUGUCGUCGAGGGUCUUAAAAGAAUUUAUAAAACGAAACUUUUGCCGCUCGAGUUACACUAUCAGUUUCACGAUUUUCACUCUCCACAGCUCGAAGAACCCGACUUCGAUGCUAAGCCGAUGAUUCUACUCGUAGGCCAGUACUCCACUGGUAAAACUACAUUUAUUAAAUAUCUCUUGGAGAGAGAUUUUCCUGGAAUUCGUAUCGGGCCUGAACCUACAACAGAUCGAUUUAUCGCCGUAAUGUUUGAUGAAAAAGAAGGCAUGAUUCCUGGAAAUGCGCUCGUCGUAGACCCAAAAAAGCAGUUUCGUCCUCUAAGUAAAUUUGGAAACGCCUUUCUCAACAGAUUCCAAUGUUCGACUGUAAAUUCGCCGGUUCUUCGUGGAAUUUCUAUCGUCGAUACUCCUGGUAUUCUGUCGGGAGAGAAGCAACGCGUUGAUAGAGGAUACGAUUUUACCGGUGUGCUAGAGUGGUUCGCGGAACGUGUCGAUCGUAUCAUAUUGUUGUUUGACGCCCACAAACUCGAUAUUUCAGAUGAGUUCAGGCGCAGUAUCGAAGCUCUACGCGGCCACGAUGACAAAAUUCGUAUCGUUCUAAACAAAGCUGACAUGAUCGAUCAUCAGCAACUAAUGCGUGUGUACGGUGCUCUGAUGUGGUCUCUGGGUAAGGUGCUGCAAACACCUGAGGUAGCGCGCGUGUAUAUAGGUUCCUUCUGGGACCAGCCUCUCCGCUAUGACGUCAAUAGACGACUCUUUGAGGAUGAGGAGCAAGACCUCUUUAGAGAUAUGCAGUCACUACCUCGAAAUGCUGCAUUACGUAAAUUAAAUGACUUAAUUAAACGGGCUCGCCUCGCUAAAGUACAUGCGUACAUAGUUAGCGAGUUAAGAAAAGAAAUGCCGUCAAUGUUUGGUAAAGAUGGUAAAAAGAAAGAAUUAAUAAAGAAUUUAGGCCAAGUCUAUGAUAGAAUUCAGAGAGAAAUGCAGAUUUCUCCUGGUGAUUUCCCUGAUAUAAAAAAAAUGCAGGAAACUUUAGCUAAUCAUGAUUUUACCAAGUUCCAUCCAUUAAAACCAAAAUUACUAGAAGUGGUAGACAACAUGCUGGCGACAGACAUUGCACACCUAAUGGACAUGAUCCCACAGGAAGAUAUCAACAUUGUGGCCGAGCCUCUCAUUAAAGGGGAGCCCGGCGACCCGCUGACGGCCGCGCUGGACCGCCUGCAUGUCAAACGUGGCUUCCUGCAAGGUGGUGCUUUCGAGGGCGUUGAAGAUCAAGUGUCACCAUUCGGGUAUGGACGCGGCGAGGGCGUGGACGCCGGACAUGGUGACCCAGAGUGGAUCUGUAGCAAGGAAAAGCCGCACUACGACCAGAUAUUCCAGGGCCUCAAUCCUUGCGACGGAAAGGUCACCGGAGCCGCGGCCAAGACGGAAAUGGUGAAGUCGAAAUUACCGAACUCCGUGCUCGGUAAGAUCUGGAAGCUUUCGGACAUCGACAAGGACGGGUUCCUGGACGACGAGGAGUUCGCUCUGGCGAUGCAUCUCAUCCGCGUCAAGAUCGACGGACACGACCUCCCCUCUGAGCUGCCUCCCCACCUCAUACCUCCAUCCAAACGCAACUGAAGUCCGGACCUAACUACUGCGACUACGCGCAAAAAUCGUUAUAGGCUAGCUUCGUCCAACCACUGCUUUAUAUUGAAAGUGAAGGUUUCGUUGAACCGUCUCAUAUGUAUUUUCUCAAAUCAACUGUAUAGAAUCAUUUCAUAUUUGAAUAUAGCAAGCAAAGCAUGGGACGGCAUCGUCCGUCGACCAUCGAUCAUUGUGUGCUUUACCUUCUAGUUCUUAAGAUAAGUUUUAGCUUCCUUUUUCGUUGCGAGUUUUGAAUGAACUUCACCCUUCACUAGCAAUAACUUUAGCGUUCUGUGUGGUGGAGGGCGGGCGUCCCAACGAUCGCGAUACACAGAGCGGCGGCUGUGCUGUGCAAUACCUCCCCAGUGCGAACGUUGCGCCGUUUCGUUUUACAUCUUCAAAAAUGAUUCUUAUGAGAUAUGUAUACAUUUAUGGUAAUUUAAAUCUUAAAUUGUUGUUACAUUUUUAAUAUAUAGCUUUACGACUUAAUUUAUUGUUGAGGCGAGACUCGUUUGGUGCUUCAGUUUGAUUGCUUAUACACAAUACAGCAAAAAUAAUUUUUCAUCGUAUUUUAAGUACAUUUUUAAAUUAUUAUUCAUUAAACAUAUUUAGAUCACGGUAUUAUGUUAUGCAUGCUUUUUCAUUGACAUUUUAUUUAAAAGAUAUACAAUAAGUUGUUCCUAUUAGCGGUUUCUUGGCUUAACAAAACUGAUCAUUAUUUUUAUAUAAUACAUAGACUUAUUCAAUAUAAUUAUGCAAAAUUCUCCACAAAAUCGUUUAUUUUCAAAACUCUGUGUACUCAGUCACGUAGGCCUGUCUGUAACAAGCUAGUACCUGGUUCUAGCAUUUUUAUGCAGCAUUUAUUUGGAACUUUAGACUUCAGUGCCUUCCGUAUUUUUAAGAAAUGUUUGGCUUUCUAAAUGUUAUUGCAGAAACCUUUACCUGAGAUGUUAUCAUGUAGGAGGCUCAUAAUACUUUUGAGGGGGAGAUCAAUAUGUAAAUAUGGAAUUUGCGAAGCAUUACAUUUUUGGAAUGUACUUUACUGCGUCUCUCGCAGUGCGGCCGAGCCCGCCACCCCGGGGGCCGGUGCACUGCGGGCGACGUCUUAUUUUUACAUUUGCUACUGUGUAUAUAUAAACGUGAAUGAAUAAUAUGUACAUGUAUUUAUCGUAAAUUAUACACAGAGUGUAAUAAAUAGUUAAGAAAA